UCUUCCUUCCAGAGUCCUGAAGUUUCCGAGGAGCCUACUCAGGCUGGCCUGGACACACCUUUUCCCAAACCCCCAAAUUGUGCUCCCUGCACCUCAGAUGCUGCUUUUCCUCGUGUCCAUCCCUCUGCCCUUUUCCCUAAGAUCUCUCUUCUCAACUGCAAGGGUCAGCUUCUCCCUGAGGAAGCUGAGCAUCCUCGAACUUUCCCACCUUUAACUGCUCUGUCCCCGGAUGGAGCCAGAGAAAUGUGGUGGGGGGGCCGGGGCCAGAGUUUCAACAUUACCCCCCAGAAGGAGGAACCAGAGAUGGGGACUGUCCAGAGAAGCAGGAUGCCAGAGCUCAGAAGUGGUCAGCUCAGCAGUUCCUUGGCCUCCGGAUGCCUUCCAGGGGAACAGAUCCUUGCCUGGGCUCCAGGAGUGAGGAAGGGUCUGGAACCUGAAUUGUCUGGAACUCUGAUCUGUACCAACUUUAGGGUCAUCUUCCAGCCCCAUGGAUGGCAGCGGCACCAGGACACUCCCCUGAGCAGUGAAUAUGAUUUUGCCCUGAUCAACAUUGGGCGGUUAGAAGCUGUGAGUGGCUUGUCCCGAGUCCAGCUCCUCCGCCCAGGGUCCCUACUCAAAUUUAUCCCUGAGGAGAUUCUGAUUCAUGGCCGAGACUUUCGACUUCUUAGAGUUGGUUUUGAGGCUGGAGGACUAGAGCCCCAGGCUUUCCAGGUGACCGUGGCCAUUGUCCAAGCCAGAGCUCAGAGCAGUCAGGCCCAACAGUAUGUGGGGAUAACCUUGAGCAAGGCUGGCCAGGGUUCUGGCUCCAGAAAACCACCUAUUCCUCUUUUGGAGACAUCAGAAGAUUGGGAAACUGAGCGGAAGAAGCAGGGAGCCAGAGGCUGGAGGGUCAGCACUGUCAAUGAGAGGUUUGACGUCGCCACCAGCCUUCCUCGUUACUUCUGGGUCCCUAACCGGAUCCUGGACAGUGAGGUCAGGAGAGCAUUUGGCCACUUCCAUCAGGGCCGUGGACCGCGCCUGUCGUGGCAUCACCCUGGGGGCAGUGAUCUUCUCCGCUGUGGAGGCUUCUGUACAGCCAGUGACCCUAACAAGGAAGAUAUCAGGGCAGUGGAGGCAAUGCUCCAGGCGGGACACACAGACGUCAUCCUGGUGGGCACUACAGAUGAGCUGCCUGCUCUUGCUGAUGUCCAGCUUGCCCACUUGAGGCUUAGGGCCCUCUGUGUGCCUGAGUCAUCUGUUGCUGAGGAUAAAUGGCUAUCAGCUCUGGAAGGGACCCGGUGGUUGGACUAUGUCAGGUCUUGUCUUCGGAAAGCCAGUGACUUAUCAGUAUUAGUGACAUCCAGAGUUCGCUCUGUAGUGCUUCAAGAGCGCAGUGAUCGUGAUCUCAAUGGCCUCCUCUCUUCACUCGUCCAGCUGCUUGCAGCUCCUGAAGCCCGAACACUGUUUGGCUUCCAAUCACUAGUUCAGCGAGAGUGGGUGGCAGCUGGACACCCCUUCCUGACCCGACUGGGGGGAACUGGGGCCAGUGAAGAGGCCCCAGUGUUUCUCCUCUUCCUUGAUUGUGUCUGGCAGCUCCUCCAGCAGUAUCCAGCUGAGUUUGAAUUCUCUGAGUUUUUCCUUCUUGCUCUUCAUGACAGUGUCAGGGUUCCUGACACCCUCACUUUCCUGAGAAAUACUCCCUGGGAGCGUGGAAAGCAGAGUGGACAGUGUAACUCCUAUACAGAAGUCUAUACACCUGGGUACUCCCAGCCUCCAGGAGGGAACUCUGUUAACCUACAGCUGUCUGUCUGGGACUGGGAUUUACGCUAUAGCAAUGAACAGAUACUACAGUUCCAUAAUCCUGGCUAUGACCCGGAGCACUGCCCAGAAUCCUGGCUCCCUAGACAACAGCCAAGCUUCAUGACUCCUGGACCCCCCAGUUCUAUGUGGCUCUUCUCUAGAGGGGCCCUGACCCCUCUAAAUCAGCUCUGUCCUUGGCGGGACAGUUCUUCCCUGCUGGCGGUAUCUUCUCGUUGGCUCCCUCGGCCUGCUAUCUCUUCUGAAAGCCUGGCUGACCAGGAGUGGGGGCUCCCCUCACAUUGGGGAGCUUGUCCUUUACCUCCGGGGCUGCUGCUGCCUGGAUAUCUGGGACCCCAGAUCAAGCUCUGGAGACGCUGCUACCUGAGGGGAAAGCCUGAGGUCCAGAUUGGCCUCUCAGCUCCCACAAUCUCUGGCCUCCAGGAUGAACUAUUCCACCUUCAGGAACUAUUAAGGAAAUGGACACCAAGAGUAUCUCCUGAGGAUCACUCCAAGAAAAGAGAUCCAAACACCAUUUUCCCUAAUCCCACUGAAACUGCAGGCAUUCUCAAAGGCAGGGCCAAGGGGGAUGUGAGACAAGGGAGGGCUCUGCCUAAUCCUUCAAUUUUUCAUAUCUGGCCUUGCUGCCUCAGCUUUCACACUCCAGUCCACGAACAGACUCUACUAGUAGACUACAGUUUCCAUUGCAGAUGGUGGUGCUAAUGUUCUCUAACUCUUGUACUGUCUUGUUGGUUCCUGAGAUACUUUUAUUCUCUGUGAUUUGAAGAAUUGAGAAAAAUGAUCCAGAGAUGACUGCCUUUUUUAUGGUCAAUUCCAUCUCUUAUGGAUAACCAGCUGUUUAAAUUAUGAGAUCAGAGGUGCUGUUUAUCAGUCCUAACAAGUUGACCUACUCAUUCUCACCCCCUUAUGCAGCUUUGCUAAUUCCAGUUUCUAUGGGAA